AUUAGCUCGGAGCUGGCUCCAACCACAACAUGCGCCGCUGCACCGGAACUCUGAUUGCGGCCUCGUGACAUAAAACCACACUCCCGUUUGUGACCUUCCCCAGAGGCGGUAUGACCUUCUGGCAUUCUCCAAAACCCUAUUGCGAACAUUUUGAACAAUAGAACGGUCUUCAUGCUCAAUAGCUGCCUGAAUUCCCGCACGAUAUGAUGAUUCUCACCCUCAGGUUCAAUAGCUAGGUGCCCCACCGCCGAAUAAAAAUGGCCGGGUACCCACCCAUUUCCUCCAUCCCCGGCCGAGACCGAACAAGGUCGACAAAGUCACAACGCACAAUCGCAGCCGGUGCCAAACGUGAACCGACGUCUGCUGGUGCGCCAGAGCUUCAGGAUGCGCAAAAACCGAAAGACAGGAGUAAUCUCGACUUCCACAGAAUCGAACACUCUUUUCCGAAGUAUGGAACUCUGAAGGGUGCAGUCAGAAUGCCUCAACCUUCCUCCAUGUUUCUGAAGAGGCUUGCGCCUCAGACGCACGUGAAUACCCUCGACUCCAGACCUGAGUGCGCGCCCCAGACUCAUCUGUCGAGCACCGCCCAUGCGCCCAGAGGGCCUUCACCACCCAAACGGCGGAAACUCAACCACAAAGACGCUCGUCUCAGGGGUCCUGAGGAGGAUGUUGCCGACGCCGAACAAGAUGCGAGAUCAAGGACCGAGCGUCGCGGAAGCCAGACGAGCUUUGCACAUUCUAUGUCGCCUGUCCUAUCCGAAUUUCAGAGCGUGGAGGCAUCCACCCAACUACGUUCGGGACGUGGUCACAGACGUAACCGCCGGCCGCAAGCGAACCGAUUUGCCAACACGGCCAACCAUGCGAGAUGGAGCGGGACACUCAGCAGGCUAGAAUCCAUGGAGAGCUUUGACGAGCUCGCGCCAGCGCAGAAACCUCCAGCUCGCCAGCAACGGACUGCUCGGCUCAUCUCUACGGCCGGGCCCAGGCCCAAUGCUUCCUUUGGGGAUCCUGCGGACGAAUUUAUUCUCCAGAAGCUUGCUCCGGCGGGCUCCCCAGGCCGGGCUCAUGACAAGAAGCGCCCCAUCAAUGACAUCGAUGACCACGACGAGCUAGGGGAGGAAGCCAACGGCCGAAAGCGUGUCAAGACCGGUCUCAGAGCGCCGACGGAGGGCUCGGUGAAGCCUAGUGCCCCAAGUCUAUCAAGGAGAGGAGACUUGAAUCCAACCAAGUGGGCGAAGAAACCGGGAACGGACACCGUUCCUACCGGCGCCCGUGUCCAAGCCGCCGUGUGUCAGCCGAGUCUUCGGUAUCUUGAGGGCGAUAGACCAAGUCAUUGCAUCUUACGACCCGCGGAUGGCCCUGAGCUGCGUGUCUUCACAGAAGACGGCGGGCAAGCGGAACCCUAUCACUGGCUUAAGAUAACAGGGAAAGUGAAGACUCUGACAUACCAUCCAGAAAGCAAUAUCAUUAAAAUCAAACAGGCGACGGAUCAGACUCUCUCCCCACCAAUUGGGCAGUCGAUGGUCCUCAAAUUUGCUACGAACGCUGAUGCGUCAUGGGUCGCUGAGUGGGCUGCGGGAAACCUGACGAUCGAAGUCACUAAGGAAAUGGACAGGGACAGACUUGGCCUGGUCUAUGAUCGGCUAAGUGAGGCUGUGAGCCUAGCGGCAGGCCGAACAUCGGCAAGGCGACUGUCUGAUGGGGUACUGGCCGGCGCGCCUCGCAGAGUCGAAAUGUCACCCAAGGAGAGGCCUGCGCUUCCUCACGCCGUCCCCGCCAAUGUCCGGACCCCUCUUCGGCAGCAGAUGCAAGUCUCAGCGCAGCAGCAGACUCCCUCACGCUCCCAGGACCAGCACUCCCCUGAGCUUCACCCUCACAGUUCCCGCUCCUUGAGAACAGGGGAAAGGAUGGGGCAGGUGCCGAGAGCCGAGGCACCCCGCGCACCUGUCAUACAUCGCUGGUCUGAGGAGCAUUCAGACUGGGAAAAGGAAUGGGAGAUGCCUCUCAUCUUCAAUCGCGCAACCGUGAACAAAGAAGAUAUACCGAGACUGGAUGAGGGUCAAUGCUUGAACGAUAAUCUCAUCGGGUUCGGUCUUAGAUAUCUCUUCGACAACUACGCGCGGAGACACACCGAUCUGCACAAGCGCGUUUACCUACACAACUCGUUCUUCUACGAGAAGCUGAAGGCGGGCAGAAACAUAAACUAUGACGGUGUCAAGAGCUGGACCGCCAAGGUGGAUCUAUUAUCCUAUGACUACAUCGUGGUUCCCGUCAAUGAGCAUUACCACUGGUGGGUAGCAAUCAUAUGCAACCCCGGCAAGCUGGAUCCGGAUCUCCGAGGCACCCCAACUAAGACGGAUGGUUCGAGCGGCACGGAGGUCGAGAACAAGGGCGACAAAACGUCGUCCGACAUCGCGACGGUAGACAUGGUCGACAAACGACCGGUGCAAUCAACCCAUGGAAUGGCAAAUGAAGAACCUGAUCUUGUCAAAUCCGACAUCGUCGACCUGGUCUCUGACAAUAAAAACGUCAGCAUAGACCUAACGGCGCGUGCUCGACCAAAGCAGAACAGAAAGCCAAGACCCACUGGGAAGACAUACAACCCACAAGACCCGAGGAUCAUCACUCUCGACUCGCUGGGCUCAAGUCACCCCCAGGCCGUCACGCACCUCAAGAAAUAUCUUCUUGCGGAGUUCAAGCACAAGCGAAAUAAAACCAUUACCGACGUCCCUUCGCAACUGGGAAUGAGAGCCACCAACAUCCCGGAACAGAACAAUCUCUGUGACUGCGGUGUCUACCUUCUGGGCUAUAUCCAAGAGUUUGUGAAGAGCCCGGACCUCUUCAUUGAAACUCUACUUCAGAGAGAACGGCCUGACUGGGAUUUCAACCCCUCCGAUCUGCGGGAGUUGUGGCGGGAUACGAUCAAUAUCGAACAUAAGUUAUACCUGGACAGGCAGUUGGCAGGAAAACAGAGGAGGUCUGAAUCAUCGGGCGCAAAACGCACACCUAACGGGAGUGCAGGGCCGAGCUACCACCCGUCACGAGAAACUAGCGCGGCUACCAACGGACAAAAGAACGCGGCUGGGUCCAGGAUGGACUCUUCCGAACCGACAACCUCAACUAAGACCUCGACAACCCCCACCAACUCCUCUACCGACCAGCGCGCCGCUGGGGACGGAGCUACCCGCUCUUCAACGCCGGAAGUGGCUACAUCAUCGCCGCAGCAAGCUCACCGGCGAGCUGUCUCAGCUCCAAAGAUCCAGGAGAGUGUGGAAACUCCAGAAGAAGAGAGCGUGGUCAUCAUCGCGCCUCAAGACUCUCAAGACCCUCAAGACGGCGGCGCUGUCCUCCCCUCGAUCGAGGCUCCAGACGUCGAGAAAGUGCACAAGCCGUCAAAGGAGGAGCGGGAUGGCGAACCACAGUUCAUCGCACAACUUCCAUCCUCUUCCACCCAACCGACCACAUCGGAUGAUGAGGACGAUGACCAUGUCGCAGAAGUCGACCCGAAGUCGUUCUACCACCAGUCGCGGUCCACCAGCAAACGUGGGGAUGCGCAGUCGUCCCCUGUCCGCGGACAGCACCGGCGAAGGAAGAAGGCUACGACCAGCCCGGCAGUUCAUACUAGCAGCCGGUUUGUCGUUGAUGGUUCCAGUCCGCAGCUCGGUGAUGAUACCCUAGUCGUGCAGAAGGCGGAGCUGAUAAGGCAUUCCGAUACCAUCGACCUCACUUAAACAGGCUUGAAAGUGUUCUGGGCGGGCCCAAUUCUUGAUAUGUCUCGCCUAGCUUUGCUGCUGCUUUUCCCCCUUGGCUGUCAGGGCCAGGGCUUGGGCGUACUGUUUUUCUUUUUGUUUCCUUUCUUUUUGCCCUCUCAUCUGUGGUUGGAGUACCCUAUCUCGCAACUGCUUCCUUGCUUUUGUCCCAUUCAUCGGAGGCCGGCGCAACGGGGGACCAUUUGGAGUCCGGCAUAGCAUAUCCUGGCGUGACAGGGCAGGGCAUGGCAUGGCAUGGUACGGCACGGCAUUCGGUGUCAGGGGUUGUUUGUUUCCCCUUUUGCUUUAUCGCGAUACCUAGGUACCUACUUAUUCGGGCGAGGGGCCCAUCAGCAACAAGAAACAGAGAUGGACUGGCUCCGGCUGAUCGAGGUAUAUCGAGGUGUGAUGAAUAGGAUCAAUCACUCGAUGAGUGCUGCUGCAAAUUGCAACUGACC